GGGAUGGCCAGAGGAAAGCUUACUUGGCACUGAUCCCUCCUUUCAGCCAAAGACUGCAGUUUACAUUUGGCAGCAGUAUUUUUUUUUUUAUUGUGCCGGGAGGGAUGAAUGUGUCAUAAACACGGAGGAUUUGCAGAGGCCAGUGGGUGCGCGUUUUAACAAAGCGAUGAGGCCAAUGCACUUUGCAAGAGUUGCGCUGCAGAGAGCCUCCUCGGAUCUCACGACCUGUUGCUGACAAGCUUGGGAAUAAGGAGAAGGAGACGGAGAAGUUUGGGAAGCCGCGCCGAGCCGCUCGGCAGAGACGGAGGGAAGCGCCUUGGACGGAUUCUUCGCGGAGGAAAUCAUGCAUCUUGCAAUCUGGCUGGUUGGACUAACGUGUCAUUUAUCAGCACUGGUCAGGGAGACUCUACAGUACCGAUUGCAUCCGAAACAAGAAAACUUCAUAAAGCAGCUGUCAUCUUAUGAAAUCAUCACACCGCUCAGAGUGAAUGACUUCGGAGAAUCAUUCCCCCACAAUCUGCACUACAGAAGGAGGCGCAGGAGUUUAAAUGAUGACCUGUCGGGAUUGCGGCUUCUCUACAGGAUCGACGCGUUUGGGGAACGUUUCCAUCUCAACCUGAGCGCAGACUCCAGCUUCAUUGCGCCCUCUUACUCGGUGACACACUUGGGAGCGGAGGGGAGCAGCUACACCGACACGAACUUCCACGACCCCGGCGAUAUGCGGCACUGCUUCUUCCGCGGGCACGUCGACUCGAAGAGCGAGCACCCCGCUGUGUUCAGUCUGUGCACUGGCCUGGUUGGAACAUUUACGACACAGCAUGCUGAAUACUUCUUGGAGCCUCUUUUGAAUGCAUCUGGGGAGGAAUACAAUGAAGAGCACAACAAACCGCAUCUAGUCUAUCGACAUGAGAGGAGAAGGAACACCUCACACCCUGAUGAACCCUGUGCUGCCUCAGAAAACACAGACGGACCUUCCACAUUCAAGAUCAGAGGAGGUAUUGUUGAGGAGGUGGAUUCUCUCAGAGUGACCAUAAAUCAGCAUCACCUCGAUGAAAAGAACGCUACUCACAACAGCACGUCUACCCCUCGGAGGCGCAAACGCUUCCUCUCCUACCCUCGCUACGUUGAGCUGAUGGUGACCGCGGACGCCAAAAUGGCCCGUCACCAUGGACGCAACCUGGAGCACUACAUCUUAACAAUCAUGUCAGUAGUAGCAGCAAUAUACAGAGACCCCAGUGUAGGAAACCUUAUUAACAUCAUGAUUGUCAAGCUGGUCGUCAUCCACAAUGAGCAGGAGGGGCCCACUGUGAGCUUCAACGCUGCCACCACGCUCCACAACUUCUGUGUCUGGCAGCAGGGCCAAAAUGUCCAGGACGACAACCAUCCUUCUCACCACGACACAGCACUUCUUAUCACCAGGGAAGAUAUUUGCCGUGCAAAAGAUAAAUGUGACACUUUAGGGCUUGCAGAGCUUGGCACCAUGUGUGACCCGUUUCGCAGCUGUUCCAUCAGUGAAGAAAAUGGAAUUAGUGCCUCCUUUACCAUCGCUCAUGAGCUGGGCCAUGUGUUCAACAUGCCUCAUGAUGACAAUCCCAAGUGUAGAGAGGCAGGCAUGAAGCACCAGUAUCACGUCAUGGCUCCUACCCUCAACUACGACACCAAUCCUUGGUCGUGGUCCAAGUGCAGUCGCAAGUACAUCACAGAGUUUCUAGACACUGGAUACGGGGAGUGCCUCCUGGAUGAGCCUGUCGGCAGAACAUACGAGCUUCCGACUCUCCUUCCUGGUCAGAUCUACAAUGCCAACAGGCAAUGUGAACUGAUGUUUGGUCCUGGUUCUCAAAUUUGUCCCUAUAUGAAACAAUGCAAAAGAUUGUGGUGUACGAGUGCAGAGGGGGACCACAAAGGCUGUCGCACCCAGCACAUGCCUCUGGCUGAUGGGACUGACUGUGGUCAUGGAAUGUAUUGCAAACAUGGGAUGUGUAUCAACAAGGAGUUGGACAUGCAGGCUGUGAACGGAGAGUGGGGUCCUUGGGGGCCCUACAGUGUUUGCUCCAGGUCCUGUGGUGGUGGGACAAGGAGCACUACCAGAGAUUGCAACAAACCUGAGCCAAGAAAUGGUGGGAGAUUCUGCGUGGGCCGCAGGAUGAAGUUCCGCUCCUGCAACACUGAGCCAUGUCCACGAGGAAAGAAGGAUUUCCGAGAAGAGCAAUGUUCUCAAUUUGACGGCAAGCACUUUAAUAUCAACGGUCUACCUCCCUCUGUCAGAUGGGUCCCAAAGUACAGCGGCAUACUGAUGAAGGAUCGCUGUAAGCUUUUUUGCCGGGUUGCUGGCACCAUGGCUUACUAUCAGCUGAAGGACCGUGUGGUGGAUGGCACUCCGUGUGGUCCAGACACUUACGACAUCUGCGUUCAAGGCCUCUGCAGACAAGCAGGCUGCGACCAUGUUCUCAACUCAAAGGCAAGGAAUGACAAGUGUGGAGUGUGUGGUGGGGACAACUCCUCAUGUAAAACCCUGGCAGGGACAUUCAACCACGCCCAGUAUGGGUACAACACAAUUGUGAGGAUCCCAGCCGGAGCCACUAACAUUGAUAUCAAACAGGUUAGCUACUCGGGAAAACCAGAAGAUGACAACUACCUCGCUUUAUCUGACAGCCAGUCCAACUUCCUUCUGAAUGGGAACUUUGUGGUGGCGAUGUUCAAAAGGGAAAUCACCUUUAAGGGAACAGUCAUUGAGUACAGCGGCUCAGAUACAAAAGUUGAGCGUAUUAAUUGCACAGACCGCAUUGAGGAUGAGCUAAUUUUACAGGUCCUGUGUGUGGGAAACCUUUACAACCCAGAUGUGCGUUACUCCUUCAACAUUCCCAUAGAGGAGAAAAGGGAGCAGUUUGUGUGGGAUUCCUCAGGCGCUUGGCUUGAAUGCAGUCGCCUGUGUCAGGGUGAAAGACGACGGAAGACAGUGUGUGUUCGGAAGAGUGAUCACCUUGAAGUGUCGGACCAACGCUGUGAGCAUUUACCUCAUCCAGUUGCUGUUACUGAGCCAUGCAACUCUGACUGUGAAGUCAGAUGGCAUGUCGCUGGAAAGAGUGAGUGUUCAGCUAAAUGCGGCCCUGGCUACCGCAGCCUUGAUGUUCAGUGUAUGAAGUAUAGCCAGAUGAAGAGAAGGAGUGAGAGGAUGGAGGCUAGCGUCUGUGCAGACAUUACAAAACCUCAGACGAGAGAGAUUUGCCACGGGGAUUGUCUGCUUAAGAGCUGGCAGUACAGCGCCUGGUCACAGUGUUCUAAAACGUGUGGACGUGGGAUCCGCCACAGAGAGUCUUACUGCAUGAACAACCUGGGACGGCGAUUGGUAGAAAGAGAGUGUAGUGAAUACGAGAGGGUGGUAACCGAGCCCUGCAACGACCAGCCGUGUCCAAAAUGGACUGUCAGUGAGUGGAGCGAGUGUCUGGUGACCUGUGGGAAAGGAAUGAAGCACAGACAAGUCUACUGCACCACGGAAGCUGGGGAGAAAAAGCUGAGCGAACAUUUCUGCGACCCGUCCAGUAAACCAUCCACCGUGGGGAGCUGCGAACUCCCCGGGUGCGCAACAUGGCAGGUCGGCAUCUGGGGAGCGUGUGCGGUGACCUGUGGACACGGAUACCAGAUGAGGGCUGUGAGAUGUGUCCAAGGGGACUACGGUGACAGAGUGGAUGACAGAGAGUGCAACGCUGCAGCGAGGCCCAGAGACACUCAGGACUGUGAGAUGCCUGCGUGUCCACGAGCCUCUGCACCUCAAAUUACACCUCGGCCUGAUAACUCUGUUCAGCUUGUGACUGAGUGGAGAUAUGGCUCCUGGACGGCGUGCUCGGUGUCUUGUGGCAAGGGGAAGCGUGCACGUUAUGUCAGUUGUAGAGAUGCUCAGGGAGGAGUGGCUGAUGAAUCGUACUGCGUUCACUUACCCCGCCCACCGGAGUUCUCCACCUGCUUCAGCCCCUGUGGCCAGUGGCAUGUCAGGGAGUGGUCUGCUUGUUCAGUUACAUGUGGUGUUGGAAGGGCAACCAGACAAGUGGUCUGCUCCAACUACCACCAGCCAGUGGACCAGUCUUUCUGUGACCCAGAUGAGAGGCCUGCAGCUGAGCAGGAGUGCACCACUGCUCCAUGCCCAUCCACCUACAACCAUCAGCACAUUUAUGAGCAGCCAUAUGGAUAUCCUCAUGAUCCAGGACAUCACCCGGGACACAGUAGCUGGAACGUCCCGUCAGCAGACAACCAGUGGAGGACUGGACCAUGGGGCGCAUGUUCCAGUACCUGUGCAGGAGGUUUUCAGAGGCGGGUGGUGGUCUGUCAAGAUGCGGAUGGACGCAGCAGCAGUUACUGUGAUGAACGAGUCAAACCUGCAGAGACCAAAAGCUGCGACUCUGGGCCCUGCCCUGUGUGGAACUAUGGGGUCUGGGGAGAGUGCACACAGACUUGUGGUGGAGGUAGGAAGACUCGCUUAGUGGUGUGUCAAAGGCCCAGUGGACAGAGGCUCAAUGACUACAACUGUGACAUCCUGGAAAAGCCGCCCGACACGGAGCAGUGCAACCUGCAGUCCUGCCCAGGCUCUGCGUCCUGGCAUCGCCAACCAUGGAAGCCGUGUUCGGUGAGCUGUGGCCGUGGCACCAAACAGCGGGAGAUAGCCUGUGUUUUCCAGAACCAAACCCAAAUAGAGGAAGCCCACUGCAGUCAUCUGCCCCGGCCAAGAACACAAAAGGCCUGCAGAGCUGGAGGAUGCCCUGCAUGGAAAGCCAACAGGUGGCGGGAGUGCUCUGCCACCUGUGGGUCUGGAGUUCAGCAACGAGAUGUUUACUGCAGGCUCAAAGGUUCAGGAAGAGUCAGCGAAGAGCUAUGUAAUCCUCAUUUACGUCCUUCAACAGUGCAAGUGUGCCACACACCACAAUGUACACAUUACAUCUGGACAGUGGGUGAAUGGGAGCAAUGCAAUGCAACAUGUGGUGAAGGGAUGAAAAGCAGAAAGGUGAGAUGUGAAGGACCAAGUUCUUCACCUGCCCAGGAUGACUACUGUGAACCAUCAGCUAGGCCUACCUCCGUCCAGCACUGUAGAGAAGAGCCCUGUCAGUACAUGUGGAUCACAGGGGAAUGGUCACAGUGCUCCGCCAGCUGUGGUGUUGGUUAUCAGCAACGUAUUGUCUCCUGCUCUUUGGUGCCGUCGUCCUUCCACUCACAGCAUUUCUAUACUCAGCCUUCAACCAACUGCCCUGAGCCUGAACCUCCUACCACCCAGUCAUGCCUCCUCAGUGAGUGUCCUCUCACCUCCUACUGGAAAGUUGGCCCUUGGUCCAAGUGCUCGCAGACCUGUGGGUCCGGAGUAAUGGAACGAAGGAUAGAGUGUGUGACCUCCAAAGGCCAACUGUCUAAACACUGCCGUCCAUCAGAAAGACCUGCAUCUCAAGCUACAUGUCAAGAGAGACAGUGCCAUGUGUUUACUUCUUGCCGAGAAGUGCAGCUGCGCCAGGGUGUGAGAAUAGAUGGAGAAUACUAUCUCAAAAUCAAGUUUCGGACCCUGCAAAUUUACUGUGCUGAAAUGCAGACGGAUUUUCCAAAGGAGUAUGUGACCCUUCGCAGCGGGCAGACAGACAACUACUCAGAGGUGUAUGGGCAAAGGUUGAUUAACCCAUUUGAAUGUCCAUACAAUGGCAGCCGGAGGCAGGACUGUGCCUGUAAGAAUGACUACUCAGCAGCAGGGUACACGCUUUUCCACAAAGUUCGGCUGGAUCUAAACUCCCUGCGGAUAAUCAUCACAGACCUCCAGUUUUCCCAGACUAUUCACGGCCGGCCCGUGCCAUUUGCUACAGCCGGAGAUUGUUAUAGUGCAGCCAAGUGUCCACAGGGCCAGUUUAGCAUUAACCUUGUUGGAACUGGUCUUAAGGUGGCUCCAAAUGCCAAAUGGACAUCUCAAGGGAACUAUGUUUCUGUUAAAGUCCACAGAUCUGAGGAUGGAACAAGAAUUUACGGCCGCUGUGGUGGUUUCUGUGGGAAGUGCAUUCCCCACGCUCAUAGCGGUCUUCUCCUCCAAGUUCACUGAGAGCUGAGCUGAAAACAGAUCUUUGAAUUCAGUAUGAAUUCAGCGGGGCAGGAAUAUAAAAUAAGAGUCAUUUGUUGGAUCCAUGCGAUGGCUGUGAACAUAAAUGGAGGAGGGUCAACUUACAUCUCCAAUUCCCAGAUGGCAGCUAAAGGUACAGAAGACAGGCCCCUUUGCAGCAUGCGGCCACUGUUAAGCAUUUCAUUGUAACAGAAGAUGAGCCAGCUUUAUUUGCUCUCCGGCCAUUUGGCUAUGGCACUUUUUGUGGUUUGGAAAUGUUCGUUAAAUUACCAACCAGGACCUAGCAGCCACCGUGGAUUUGGAAGAAUAAAAACCGAAGGAAAGCAUCCUCAUCCAAUUUAUUUUCAUCUGAAACAUUUCCAUCUUAGAACAACCGUUUCUAUCGGCAAAGUUCAUAAAGUUCAUCAAAAAAAUUGUUUUUUUCAGACAACACUUUGCAGGAGGUGCACAAGUAAAAUAUUAAUAAUUUUAUAGUUUUCUUACUGCUACAAUGUCAGAGGUAUACACCAUUAAUGGCUUUGACAGGAUUUAUAAGUAUUAUAACCAUCAAUAAACAGCCUAGACAGUAGAAUCUCUCAAAUAGUUAGCUAGGACUUAGCAAAGAAAAAAUGGUUUUCCUGACCUGCCUCGCAUCAGAGGUCAAACUUUAAAAAAACUUUUGGUGCAUUUAGAGGAACUUUAGAUUGAUUGUUGCUGUCUAUGCUCCUACGGCAAUCUGUAUUCCAUCCUCAGUUUGUAGAUUGUCAUCGGCAUCCCUGCUAAAGAUGGCUAAAGAACUGCAUACCAUUACAAGUUUGUAAUUUAGUUUUGAGAAUAAAUUCAGCCAAGACAGAGUCUUAGUCUUGUUAAAAUUAUAGAAAUAAGUGCCAUGUAUAAACUAAAAAUGGAAACUCUGUAGUUGCAAAUAAACCCACUACUGUAUAUUUCAUCGGUAUUAGAUUUAAAGGAGAAGUCCGGUCAUAUUCAGAAUUUGCCAUGAAGCGCUGACAGAUGGACCUAGUAUUCAAGGAGAGACAGUCCAGUCCAAGAAUGUCCCUGGUGCUGCAGUUCCCGAGGUCUUGCAGGAACCCGAUCCUGGUCAGGGAUUCAGAACAGACAGGAACAGACAGGUGGCAGGAUCCAGGCUUCCAGGCAUCAUAGAGC